AUGACGGAGGCUCCGCCUAUUGUCUUCAUUGCCCGGCACGGCGCGCGUCUCGACGCGGCCGACAAGGACUGGCAUUUGACCUCCCCCACCCCAUACGAUCCUCCUCUUUCCUAUGGUGGCUGGAACCAGGCGCGAGCGCUUGGUGUACGCAUUGCCAGUCUCCUACGAGCCCCGGAGUUCACAGGGAACAAACCAGGGGCUGAUCGUCUCCAGUCUCCGGCCUCGGAUACCCCGACAACAAGCCUGCUCCCGCCCCCCGCAUCCUCAGACUUGUACAACCAAUACAACGUCAUCAUCCACACCUCCCCAUAUCUACGAUGUAUACAAACAGCCAUCGGGGUCAGCGCAGGCCUCCAGCACUAUCGGCCAGGUGCUGAAUCGCCAGAUUCAUCGGGUCCCACGCCUGUCUCCCAGGCGGAGGGGAUGAGCCAUGACCCACGGCCCUUAUUACGCGUCGACGCGUUCCUGGGAGAGUGGCUAUCACCGGACUACUUCGACCAGAUAGUCCCGCCACCCGCUUCCGACAGGAUGGUUGCCUCAGCCAAAGCCGAGCUGCUCCGUCGCGGCGAAGUGAUUCCGGUGGCGCGGGAGGGAACAAGGGCGUUAUCGGGAAACUUCCCAGGUGGAUGGGGCAGUCAGUCUCAUCCCACCUCCCCGAACGAGGAUGAGGACCGCUGUCUACCAUCGCAGAUGUCAUCGACCACCUCUGCCCAGCAACCCCAGCGACAGCGGGCUAGCACCUUCGAUACUCCCCAGAACGCUCUCUCGACCGGCUGCCCUCCCAAAGCCCUGGGUCGCUUGAACACCGAUCGCCCACCGAUUGUGGAUGCGGCUUAUGUGCCUCCGACUCCGGGGUAUGCGGUUUCUCCCUCGGACCCCAUCCCCGCCGGUUAUGUGGCGCAUGCACGGGACGCAUGCACCAAAAUCGAUUACCAAUGGGAUAGCAUGCGAGCACCAUACUGGGGCACGGGCGGCGAGUACGGUGAGGAGUGGAGUAGCAUGCAUGAAAGGGUGCAUACUGGAUUCCGGCACAUGGUGGACUGGUAUCGGCAGCAGAGCGAUGCCCACCCCGACCGUUCGAGGGCCAUGUUUAAUGGCACGGCGCGCAAGCACGGUCCCGCCCAGACUGUGCUCAUUAUCAUCACUCAUGGCGCGGAUUGCAAUGCUUUGGUGAGCUGUCUGGCCGGGCGCCCGGUGCUUUUAGACAUUGGCACCGCGUCGGUCACUCUGGCGGUGCAACGGGACCGGGUAGAGAAGUGCACGACCCCAGACUCCGACCGUACUCCCGACCCCCCCGUCAAUUCCUCCUCGCCCGGCAGUCGAAAUGACCAGUCAGUCUCCCAAGAAUACACACUGCAGCUCAUCGCCUCGAGCGACCAUCUGCGUGCGGGGGUGAACCCCUCUCAGCUCACAUCGCUGGCAUCUCCCUUGGCUCCACCGCCGCUCCCACCGCCGCCUCCGAUCCCGAGCUAUCGUAAUCGCCUCGGCUCUCGCGCAUCAGCAUCGACCCUGCAGGGCUCCUUCAUGAUUGACCCCACCCCCAAAGGGGGAACCAGCUCUCGUAGUUGGUCCACGACUUCUCGCCCAUCCCCGUCCGCGACAUUUCCGCGAGGCAGCUCCGGUCUUUGGGGCUCCAUCUCGUCUCCAGUCGUGAAGGAUGACGAGGAGGCGGAAGACGACUUUGUACCCAACUUUGGAGACCCACGCCCCGUGAGUCACGGCUCGUCUCAUUCAGAUGCAGUCAUUGACCGGUCGGGCUGGACGAAGCAGUUACCACAGCGGACGCUCUCGCAGCGUGGGCUGUGGGGCAGUGCGCCAUCCUUGGAGGAUCACGACGCGGCCUCGAGGCGGCGAUGGACUGUGGCAGAGCAGAAACUGUGA